CCGAACAGAGAAUUUUCUCACCAAAUCUCUAGUCUGCUCUGCUGCUCGAUAAAUGCAGAAUUGAAGGUGAUUUACAUCUUCCUUUCAGCAUCCUGUGUAAAUAAUCAGCACUGAUAAUAUUUCACUUCAAUAAUUAUCGAGUUUAUCAACAAAUUUGCUGAUUUAUAAAAGCGGCUGUUGAUUUAUUACGUAAUUCCUACUUGGUGUACUGAAUAUGAUGCUGCAGCCGAUUUAGUGUUAGAUUGAAUAUCCAAAAAUAUGAUUUUCAUCUUAUCUUCUUUAAUCUGCAAGGAAUAAAAAUUAUUAAAACAACCAUUGAAAAAUGAAAAAGUGUGAUUUUUCUACAGGAAUUUUUCAACUGUGCAAUAGAAAGCUUUACUGACGUGUUUAUCAAUAACGUUACAUCACAGGAACUGCUACAUCUUGGAAAAUGACUGAGGAAUCUUGGAUCUGUUGAAAAAAAAUCAUGAUCUUUAAAUACAUUUGAUUGCAUGUAUACAUAUUGAGUGCAACGAAUGCAUUUUUUAAUGGGAUAUGAAAGUCAAGAACGAAGUUACAAGUGAUUGCAAAAAGGCAAAGAUCUGUGUAACACCAUCAAAGAGCAUGGUAAACAAUCAGCAAGGAAGCAAGUAUCGAUUAUGUGAAAGAAAAGCAAAGUCUAAGUCACCUUUAAAUAACAGCUUGCAAGGUAGAAGGAAUAUUUUGAAAAAGCAACUGAGACAAUCAUCAAGCAGAAAACAUUGGCAACUUUUCAAUGGAUUUGAUGACGAUAUAGCCUCUUACGAUGGUUUUCAGAAUCAAUCAGAUAACGAAAACAUCACAAAACAAGCAAUCAACGAAAAAGCAUAUACAAUCUCAUCGAGCUCUACAGAGAAAAGAUGUUCGAAUGCUCAAAGACAAUCACAGGCAAUCAACCCAAUACCAACGUUAUAUUAUAAAAUAGAAGUUGAUGUCAAAGUUCCAGUUGUUAUGUGA